AUGGGUUCAAAGCAAAGCAGAAACACUGAGAAGAAACUUGACGAAAGUUCAACCUCUUCCAAAACACAAGAACUAAACAUUUGGCUCUUUCCCGGAUCCGGAGCAAGUACAUUCAGCAGACAACUCAUCAAUGAAACAAUUCGUGAUGAGAAUCAAAUUGAUGCUUGUUGUAAUGUUCUGUUAUCACGAAUGGAAGAUUUUGAUGAGUUUUGUUCAAUGGAUGAAGAAUUUGCAAGAUUGAAGAAUUUGAAUCAAUUUGAUAGAAUUCCAAGACCUAGGGAGAUGCUUACACGGAUUUGGAAACAUGACGAAAUGAGACGAAUCUUAUUGGAAAAGUAUUUCAAUGUUUGGAGACUUGAAAAUUUAACCUUAUUUAUGGAACACUUAUUGAAUGGAAAUUUUGAUAAUCGUUUGGAAAAUCCUUUAAUUUAUGCUUCGCAAAGGACUACAGGUUUUAUUGUUCAUGAUUUUUUAUAUUCGAAUCCAAUAAUUGAUCACUCCUUUAAAUACAAAAUGAUAGAAAUUGGAGGAUCCAGAAAUGAAUGGAAGAAAGUAUUCGCCUGUUUUGACAAUGUCCAUUUCCUAUUCUUUUUUUAUGGACUUUCAGAUUUUGAUAAUCCCUACACUGAAUUAGAAUAUGAAAAACGAAAGUUCAAUUAUACUGUUACUGCUUGUAAAAGAUUUCAAAAGUUUAAUCCAAAUUGUAGAAUAAUAGUCCUAUUCACCAAACCAGAUAUUUUGCAAUCAAAACUGAAACGAGGAGUUGUUUAUGAAAAUUUGAAGAAUCAUGAAAUGAGGGAAGAAUUGAAACGAAUCUCAAAUGAAAACGAAAGAAUGGUCAUUAAUUCAAUGAUGAGUGAAUUUUUUGAGGAACACGAAACAGAGUAUCACAUUGUUAAUUUGCUAAAUAAGGAGGAGGUUAAUGGGAUUAAGGAUUUGAUUUUCAGUGGAGUGAAAUCUAGGUUUCCAUUCAUUUCUAAAUGUUUGAGAGAAAGUGGAAGAGAAUGGAAACCAGUUCUUUGGAGAAUAGCCAACAAUUCGAAGCUUUGUGAUAUUUCACUUAUUGCACAAGAUGAAUAA